UGAUCUCCACGUCUUCACAGGCCAUCGACUCCUGACAUCCUGCCCAAUAUUCUCAGUAAAAUCGGCAACACCCCAAUGGUUCGCCUGAACAAAAUCACUCAAGCUCACGGUCUGAAGUGUGAGCUAUUAGCAAAGUGUGAAUAUUUUAAUGCUGGGGGCAGUGUGAAGGAUCGUAUUGCCUUGCGGAUGGUGGAAGACGCAGAAAAGGCUGGAGCUCUGAAACCUGGUGAUACCAUCAUUGAGCCGACCUCUGGAAACACGGGGAUUGGGCUGGCGUUGGCUGCUGCAGUUAAAGGAUAUCACUGCAUCAUUGUUCUUCCAGAGAAGAUGAGCACAGAGAAGGUUGAUGUACUACGAGCUCUCGGAGCAGAGAUUGUGCGAACACCAACAAGUGCCAGCUUUGAUUCACCAGAGUCUCAUGUUGGUGUUGCCUGGAGACUGAAGAAUGAAAUCCCCAACUCCUGUAUCCUGGAUCAGUAUCGGAAUCCUGGAAACCCACUGGUUCACUAUGAUCAGACUGCAGAAGAGAUUCUCAGGCAAUGUGAAGGAAAAGUGGACAUGUUAGUGGCUGGAGCAGGAACGGGAGGAACAAUCACUGGGAUUGCCAGGAAACUGAAGGAGAAAUGUCCAGGCUGCCAGAUUAUUGGAGUUGAUCCAGAAGGUUCCAUCCUGGCAGAACCUGAACAUCUCAACCAAUCGGAUGUUAGCACAUACGAAGUGGAAGGAAUUGGCUAUGAUUUCAUCCCAACAGUUCUUGAUCAAUCGGUUGUCGAUAAAUGGUACAAGAGCAAUGACAAAGACUCCUUCCAAAUAGCUCGUCAGCUGAUCCGCGAGGAGGGGCUGCUCUGUGGUGGAAGUUCGGGAAGUGCUGUUUUUGUUGCUCUGCAAGCUGCGCGGGAACUUGGGGAAGGUCAGCGCUGUGUGGUCAUCCUCCCGGAUUCCAUCCGCAACUACAUGACCAAGUUUCUCAGUGAUGAGUGGAUGACACUGAAAGGAUUCCAAGUGAGACCACCAACCUACUGCAAGAAACCCUGGUGGUGGACUUGCCGAGUUGAGCAGCUUAAUGUCUUGCCUUCGCUCACGCUGCUGUCAUCUUCCUCCUGUCAGAGGGCCAUUGAAGUUCUUCAAGAGGAAGGUUAUGAUCAGGCUCCUGUAGUCAAUGAUGGAGGGACUCUCCUUGGAGUGGUGUCUCUGAAACAGAUGCUCAGCUCCAUCGUGGCUGCAAAGGUUAGACUAACGGACCCAGUCACCCAGGUUCUCUGCAAGCAGUUUGGAAAGGUUAAGAGGAGUGAUGACCUGGGAAAGCUGUCCACUAUCCUGGAGACUGAUGCAUUUGCUCUGAUCGUGAAUGAGCAGGACCAGUCUCGAGUGGAUGGUAUUCACGGUAAGAAACUGACUGUACUUGGUGUUGUGACAGCAGUCGAUCUACUCGGCUUCAUCAGUCAGAAGGAGAUUGUUUUGAAAUAAAGGACGGAUUUCCACUCAGCAGACCUUUGGGAUAUUGCCUGGUGUGGAGCAGGAGGAUUUUUUUUUUCAUUUAGCUGCUCUGGGCUCUGUUCUCCUGCACUCUGUUCAGUGCUGUGUUUAGUUUGUAAUACCAUGCUGUCUCCUUAUAGUCCUCAAAAGGCUCACCUCAACUUUGAAUUCCAAAAUGUUUUUUCAGAAGGUGUUUUUUUAAACGAUACCUCAAAUCAUAGAUAUAUAAAUGUCUCAGGUCAUUUGGCCCGUCAGAUUUAUGCUUCAUGACAUGUACCUAUGCUAAUGUUGAUGAUUAACUCUCUAUUUAAUGAGCUUCCCUCUGAAGGUAUCAAUUCUGUUCUCUGGAGUUUCUCAUACUCUGUCUGAUCAGUUUUCAGUGAAUGAUCAUGAUUCUGUAUUGUCACAGAUUGAUUUUUCUGACUAGGUUAAAGCUGUGAUUUAAUAAAGGAAUAUUUCAAAUGCC